GGCCAAUAGCGUUAGUGCCGAGCAUGGUACCGAGAAUGUCUUAAGGAAAUGCAAAAUGCUCGGUUCGACGCGAAUGACCACCAAGUCAAUGGCCUGGGGUGCUCUACCUUUUAAGCUACUACUGUUAUUUGGAUGUGGAUCCUCACAGCGUUUACAGGUGCAUACCGAUAGUGUGCGAUGAGUGUGGUUUGCAGCCACGAUGACCCGGCUCUCUUUGCAACACAAAUUGAUCUGCAAUGGUGCCCCCACCUCGCGAACGGGAAUGAUGGAGGACACAUGGAGGAAAUGAGGGAGAUGGAGGCUUAGCAUGUUGUGUCUGGAAUCCUGCAGCAGCCAGUUAAGCCCAAUAGUUUGGACUCUUGGUGCAAGAGUCGUCACGGUUAUUUUUAGAAUUAUCGAGGGUGCAGCGUGUGUGAAAGAGGAGAAAUGUGGUGCAAGUGCUGUGAAGGUUGAGAGCACUUGCCCUGGUGUGCUGGGCCAAAUGUCAUUCUUAAUGACAGCGUCAUGGUCUCCGGAUGUGGUAGAGGAUAGUUCAGCCGAAUCCCUUGCAUCCAUGUUAGACAACAAGCAGUUGCUUUUGUCUCAUCUUCUUUACUGCUCUCCGCUCCGGUCCUUGCGCAACAUGUCUUCGACAUAUCGUCUCUGUCACUUGCGCAAGUCUCCUUGGGACUAUUUUUCAAGUGCUCGUGAACUAAAUAUCGGAGUAAUCAAUCAGAAGGGAUCAAGAACACCAUGGUAUGGUAGAUUGUGUAAAGCGGCCGCAGGUAAUGAAACCAUCGGUGCGACUAGGUGUGUAUAAUGGCGGCGCUGUCAAUAGUACGGUGCGAAAUGUGUUGCAGCGGGCCUUGCGUAUGGUAUUCGAAAUGACCGCUGCGAAUUCCCGUUGCUUGACAUGCAAAGACCUUGUGCAAAGGGCUCUGAGUUGUCGUUGGGUGACUCCAACGAUGCAUAUUUCCCCUGCGUCAUGCUUCUACCUGAGUAGCAUUGAACCAAUACUUCUAACAGGCAUCGCUCUCACUCUCGCUUCUUGUCUCUCUUUCCCCUCUGCCGUUCAGCCUUGACCGGAAGUGUCUCGCAUAUAACAUCCACAUUUCCUGCUUUGGUAGCAUUUUAUCGCGUAAACUCCUUACCAUCGACAGAAGGACCACUUUGACCUCUUGACCCUGAUCCUCCGCAGUCCAAUGCAUUGGUAAAGGCGGUGCCGCACGGUCCAGCAAGGGGGUGGAAUUGGAAUAAAAAGAAGAGCAUUUGCAUGUAUUUCACUCCUGAAUGGAGAGAGGAAAGGCUUGCUCAGA